UUCUCGCUCAUCACGAGAGGAAACAAUAAAAGAACUCCAAUUGCGGCUACAGUUGAGAGAAAAAGAAUAUUUCUUCUGAACCAUCAUCGACUGGGGAAGAAAAUGUCUGUUCUUUCGGAGCACUCGCGUCUCUGCCGUCUGAUCAACGACUCUCUCCGUCCCUACACUGAAUCAUAUUUAGUUUUUCUGAAAAAAGAGGAGGAGAAGCGACUUCUUAUCUCACUCUCUCAGAUAUUCAAAGAAAUUCAGCUCUGGAUACGGGAUAUGGAUCGGGAUUCAAACAGCGAGACGGCCGAGGAAUCUUUUAGUGGCGCGAAGUGCGGAGGUUGUUCCAUGUCUAACUCGGAGGAAAACUGCUGUAUGACUCGGAUUGUAGCUGAAUUGAUUGGUUUGCUACGUGUCAAGAGUCAAUAUAUUCAACAUCUAUCUGGCAACAUUCUUGGCGUUAUCUCAGAGUUUCUAGUUGCAUCGGGAAGUGACUGGGAUAUUUUUAUUCAAUUGUUGUGUGUCUCCAUGGAAUUAGCAAUCAUGAAUAUUCUUUCAAACUCUUCAGUAUCUUCAGUGGUUGGACUAGGACACUUGAAUUGCGGUUCAUCUAGUUCUUUUGUUCUUUUAAGAUGUAGAUUAAAAAAAGGUAACUGGUCUGUUGUGGCUGGUACAAUUCGAGUGCUCCGCAACAUAUUAAAAUAUUUGAAGCAAGAGCAUGAGGAUGAGCUUGUUGAAGUCUACUUAGAAUCAAUCAGUUCUUCUCUUUCAAAAAUCCCUUGGUGCCAAUUGGACAAGUUCUUUGACCCGAGUAUUGACACAAACGAAGGCUCUCGGCUUGAUGCUUCAAACCUCAGAUGUAUUUCUGUGGAAGAGCGAAAAAUUAUAUUUCUAGGAAAUCUUUUGCAGUUCCUGUCUUCCUUGGUUGAGCUAAGCAAUUUCUCUGAAGCUUCUGGCACUUUGCAGAGUAAGCAUCCUAUUAUUGUCAAAGUCAUAAAUCUCAUACCCAGACUUCUGAGUUGGUGCCUUGGCAAAGAUGAAAACUCUGUUAAUCAUUGCAUGACCCUUUAUUUCAGGCACAAAUUAUUGGUGUUGAUGAUAAGACUAAGUUUCCUAGCUCAUCUAGAAUGUUCAGUUCUUGCGGCGUGGUUGCAACUUUUGCAUAUUUAUUUUGAAGAAUCCUUGCAGCAACCUAUAAAUCAACCAGAGUUUGGUCAAGGUGACUGUUUAGAUAGUUCUCCAUUUUCAGUUAGUGUUUCUGGUGGAAAGUUUUCCUGUACAUAUUCACGCCAUUUACAGAGGUUGGCUGUUCUGCUCUUCCUGAGGUGUUCCUUAAGUUUAAUCACCUUAAGAGGAGAUGGUGAAAAGAAAUGUCUCUGCACAAAUGAAAAUUCAAGAUUGCCUAUCGACUCAAACUUGGCCCCAGCCUGUUGUAAUAGAAACAAAGCAUUGCUAGAUCUUUAUGGAUGGUUUCAAGGACAAAUGUCAACUUACAUGUUGGUUGACCAUAAAAUGCACACGGAGAAGUACAUAAGCUUUGCUUUGUCCUUCCUCCAACUAUAUUUACAUGAGGAUGAUUUAUUGUUUAAAGUGCUAAUUCAACUGGUUAGGGUACCGUUUUCUGCUGAACAACAGUUCUGCAAACAAAAAUUGAAAGCUCAGGACUCACAAGAAGAUAUUUUUUUUCUCUUAUCAAGCCUUUUCAAUCCCAUACAUCUAUUCCACCUAUUCCUUUCAGAGUUGCACUAUGAUCAUCAAGUGCUUCUUGAUUACCUGAUUUCAAAAGAUAUAGGAAGCAGUUGUGCAGAAUAUCUUCUGAGGUCUUUACGUGCAGUUUGUGACUCCUGGUCUUCAUUUGUGGAGUUCUCAAUGCCUGAGAUAGUUGUAGACAAAUCAUCUUUUAAGAAAAGGAAAGUUGUAUACGAACACAACUCAAAUUUUCAAACCUCUCUAUCAUCAAUAGAGAGGGAAUAUAAGGGUGAUGUGGAGUACAACUGCAGGCUCUAUGGAACUAGAGGACAGUCAUUCAAUGAAUCCAGAAAUUGUUUGCUUUCUCUGAAAACUUCAGUGGAAAAUCUUCAUAGGAAAAAAUUAUUUCCAUAUAAUCCAGAAGUUCUUCUAAAACGUUUAACAAGAUUUCAGGAGCUCUGCUUGAAUCAUUAGAAGUCUCUGUAGCGAUUCAAUCAAACUCAAUUUUUGUUUUUGGCUAAACAAGUUCUCAUUCGUCCAGCCUCUUCUGCUUUUAAGAAAGAUGUUUCUGUCAGAUUGCUACUUGUUUGGGCAAGAUUCUUGCUGAUACUCUUAACAAAGCUAUUGACCUCCUGGUGGGAGAAGAAAUAGCUUCCUCACUAUUUUAUAUGCUUGUGGUUGAUUGAUCAGGAUCUUAAUCUCACAUGUUGCUGGGAAUUCCUGUUUCUAUGGACAUUCAAAAAUGCUAUAUGGUUUAGAGAUAAAGGUAAUGGAGCAGAACUGGAUCAUUUAUUUUAGUUUCUGCAGCAUGUGGUCAAGAUGAUUCAAUUGCAAAGGAUCUGCAAGCUGGGUAUUCUGCAGUGACUUGCAAAAUGCUGACACAAAUUCUCAUGCUUGUAUUAUAUUUAUGUACACAUUGAGUUUAGUUCAAAUUUUAAUUAUAUGGAACAAGUAAAGAAAUGUAAUUAAAAAUAAGAUAGAA